AUGCAGCUCCCAGGCGGGAGCACGAGAAAUCCGCCCGCGAGAGCACCGGCCUCAGUUCUCGUGAUCAUCAACGGAAGCAACAUCCUAUCGACUAUCACGAAGAAACGCAACGGCAACGGUAGAUCUAGUAACGAAAACGACGGACCUGGUACGAAUAGCAGCGACAGCGUCUUAAGGAAAAGUAGAAACAGCCUCGAAAACGAGCCGCGCCUCCUUGAGAGAAAUCGUCGUCCUGAGACGAGGAUACCGAGCAGCCGCCGACACCGAGUCACCGAGAAGCCCCAGCUGUUGGCGUCAGCCCCAAGGCGGAAGGAGCGGGGCGAGGAAUAG